AUGUCUGCAUCUGUGAGAAAAAGACAAAAAGUAUCUUCCGCCUGUGAGCGCUGCCGUAAGCGUAAGCUCGGAUGCGAUGCCGAGAGACCUUGUGUUCAGUGCGUCCGCGCUGGUACCCAGUGUAUCCCUCGCGAGUCGACAUCUGGAGACAUCGGGGCAUCUGCACUUGGCCAGACAAAUACGAGGAAUAGGCAGGCUCAGACUCCGGGGUCUCCCAUACUCCCAGAGUCUAGCAUCGUUGACCUAAGUGCUCUUAUGAUACAUGGGAGCGGUUCAAGCCAGGAUUUACGACACGAUACCUCCUCACUGCCUGGCGGAACGAAGCUCCUGGAAGCCAACACCACGCUCCCUGCCAAGCAUUGGCGUAACGUAAUAGGUGUAGAACUCCCUGCGGACGAUGUUCUUGAGCGUUUAGUCGACAGUUUCUUCUCUUCGGUCAACUGGUUCAUGAUGGUCUUCCACGAAGAUACCUUUCGCAGCCGGUAUGCAGAAAUGCUGCAGCAAACACAAAUCAAGUACCAGGACACGACAUUCUUCUGGACAUGGCUUCUAGUCUUGGCGCUGGGCGCACAUUACGCUGCACUUAGGGAUCCGGACGAUCAGAUGAGUCCUCAGUACCGACAGCUUUCUCGUGAUCUCACUUCUGUUAUUGAGACGCGGUUCCUGCAAAUUAUUGGAUGCCAGACCGUAGAGACAGUCCAAAUAUGUAUCUUGCUUGGCAGUUUCAUAUUUUAUACGCGGCCUACAACAGGACUGGGUAUCUGUGGCAUGGGGGUCAAAAUCGCUCAGGUCAUUGGACUGCAUCGUGAGAGCUUCUGGAAAGAGACGUCUCUGCUAGCACGAGAAGUCAAGCGGCGCACUUGGUGGACGUUGGAAGUCUUUGACAAAUAUGCUGCUGUUGCAUUCGGGCGCCCCUGUAUCAUUGACGACUCUGACUGCCAAGUCGAGAUGAUCUCUGAUAUUGACAUGGAUGGCCAUAGGCAUAUCCCGGCUAGACCGCUCGUUCUCUACCACCAACAUAAGUUCCGUCUAUACAGAAUCAUGGGUGCGUUCUUGGGUCGUAAGAGACAGCGAAACACCUUUGAGUCACUUGAAACAAUACACCAGCGAAUGACACGGUGGCGCCAAGAACUCCCCGAUGUUCUAACUCUCAAAGGUCAAGAGCAGUCCAUGGAUCCGAUCGUAGUAAGACCAACUGAGAUUCAUGCACUCAGUCUCCAGCUUACCUAUGACAACCUUCAAAUCAUCUUACAUCGCACAGCAGUUUUCAACAACACCAACGAGCUAUCAUUUUUCUCGCCCAAGAACAGCGCCUCUCUUCAACCAAUCUUCACCUCGGCCAUGGAUACGUCUGAACUUUCUCGAUAUCCCCGGAUCCUAGACGCCUGCAGAAGAACCCAUGCAGACGUCCAUGUUGGCAUGACCAUGUUCACGGCCGGUGUCGUUCUCUGCGCUAUUUGUCUCUCGCAGCCUCUCACAGAAAUGGGAUCACGAGCAAAGAUGGGAGUUAUGCACAUCACGCGCAUGUGUAGGGAGACUGAACCUGGUCUUUAUAGCGGCCAGCUCAUCUCGAAGCAGAGUCUAGGCAUCAUUGAUAGCUUAGUUGAAGUUAUGCUGCGCCAAGAGACGGAUAUGAUAACGGGAAAGACGAGUUAUCCAGGCUUGCAUGCUUCUCAAAUGAGGCACGACUCAACAUCAUCCAUGCUAGGUUCAUCAUCGGUAGGCAGAAUGAUAGCGUCCAGACCAAACACGACCGCAACUAGUCCAAUGGAGUCUAGAAACGAGCGAGUCUUGGACCCCAUUCAAGAAGUUUUUAGGCAGCAUAUUUCCACACCAUUGAAUGUGGGUGACAUGGAGCUACAAGGUACGGUCACUGGAAAUCACGAGGACGAGGUAGAUCAAGGGACUAUGGGCACGUUUAAUUGGGACGGCGAUAUGUCUUCCCUGGUAGAUUCGGGGCUCGUCGAUGCUAGUCAACUCUGGUUGUGGGCAGAUACCCUGGACUUUGACUCAUUCAACGAUCCGGCUGUAGAUCCAACGGAAUAA